GAGCCACUCCGAUUGGCCCAGGUGGUUCUCUAAAUGGCCACUCGGCUCUGUGCCAUGCUCUGUGCCCCGUCAACCUCUACAACAACCUACAGCCGUCUGAAAUCAGCGUCCACUGAAUUGCAGGUCCUCUUGAAAGUGGAGUGAGCCCUGCCCUUUGGAGACAAGCCACCUAAAGAAGAUGGCUAAAAUGAGAGAAUGGCGAAAACGCCAAAGAGACAUGGAUCAACUUCUACGUUAUUCUGACAGUGAAGAUGAACAUCAGAGCAUUGAAAUUAAUAGCGAUAGCGAUGUUGUGUCUGGGACUCAGAGUAGUUGUAGCACUGUGCCUGGGACCCUGUCUACUGACUCUGAACCAAAUGAUGAUGAAGCUGAAGUGACCAGCAGCUUUGAAGAUGACCUGAGACAGUGGGCUACAGAGCACAAAGUGACACACAGAGCACUUAACGGGUUAUUGUCCACAUGAAGAAAGCAAGGGCUCCUAUUGCCUGUGGAUUGCCGGACACUCCUCGCUACACCACAACAAAACACAACAGAGUCUAAAUGUGGGGGGCACUACAAGUAUUACGGCUUAGAAAAGGGAAUCUGUCCUUACUUAAGUCUGAUGGACAGUAAUGAUGUGCACCUCACUGUAAACAUCGAUGGCAUCCCACUUUUCAAAAGUAGUGGAGUCCAAUUCUGGCCAAUACUGGUGAAGUGUGGCCAUUUUGAUCCCUUUAUUGCAGCGAUGUUUAGUGGAAAAAGUAAGCCAAGUCCACUUGAGGACUAUCUGAAAGACUUUUUGACCAAGUACAAACAUCUCAAAGACAAUGGUAUAGUUUACAAACGUCAGACCUACACUGUCAAUAUUGAUGCUCUCAUCUGUGAUGCGCCAGCAAGGGCAUAUCUCAAAUGUAUUAAGGGUCAUACUUCCUAUGAGAGUUGUGAGAGAUGUAUAAUCAGAGGUACUCGUGUUGAGGGAAGAAUGGUAUUCAGUGAACAGGAAUGCACUUCUCGAACAGAUGACUGUUUCUCCAGAGUGGAAUACAAGAACCACCAAACUGAUGCCAGCCCCUUCAUUGCUGGAGGAAUUCCUUGUGUCAGUUCAUUUGUGUUGGACUACAUGCAUAUGGUCUGCUUGGGAGUAGUUAGACACCUGUUAAUUUACCUGACUCGUGGCCCAAAAAUCUGCCGCUUAUCUGUGAGGCAAAAGGAUCUAAUUUCUCAAAAACUAAUUGCACUGAGAGGGAGGAUGCCGAGUGAAUUUGCUCGGCAACCACAUGGUCUGCGUGAAAUGGAUAGGUGGAAAGCCACUGAACUUCGGCAGUUUCUGCUAUACACAGGACCAGUGGUAUUAAAAACUGUGCUGUCACCUGAAAGGUACAAGCAUUUCUUGUCCUUAACAGUAGCCAUGUCGAUACUGCUGGAGUCAGAUGACAGGAUUCGAAAUGCCUAUCUCCAAUAUGCCCAUGAACUCAUCAAACACUUUGUCACCAGCUGUGUGGUCCUGUAUGGCAAGACCUUUCCUCUCCAUGAAGAUGCCAGCCACUUCAACUGCUCCUUAAAUGACAUUUCCUGUUUUCCAUUUGAAAACUACCUGCAACAAAUCAAGAAACAUGUGAGGAGUGGGAGAAAUCCUCUGGAACAAGUCACCAGGCAUUUGUCAGAAAUCGAACAUUCAGAAGUGAAAGAGAGCAAAAUGCACCCUAAAGUGUUCAUUUCUGUUAAAGAAAGGGACAGCCGUCAGGAAGAUGAAAGAUUUGCUUUUGUUCGACAAAAAAAUGCAGAUGGUACCUUGGCUUGUCAAAUCCUGCACCAGCGUCACACCUCACCAUUAUUUCACCAACCAUGUAGCUCUGGACUUGUAAAUAUAGUGUGCAUAGGAAAUGGCCAGGUCAGGAUGAAAGAUGCGCUGCUGCGUGAAAAGGAUCUGUUCCGCAAGGUGGCCUACCUCCCACAAGAAUCUGGUGGUGCUGUGCUCAUACCCCUUCGCCAUGGUCUGGAACACAAAUAUUAAAGGUCAUGUAUGCGAAAGCAGUUUGGAAGGAGGGUGAAAUUGAGGAGGAGGGUGUAGUUCCAGAGAACUGGAUUGACGGGACCAAAAGAAUUGUUAGAUGGCCACGAAUGAGCAUCUCCAAAACAGAAAAGGCUAUAAAGGAAAAAAUGAACCCCCAGGAUGACUGGAUGAUAUUCCCUCUAAUAAAGAUAAAAAUGACAUCAGGCAAGUACUGUUUUGAUGAAUAGAAAAUGACUUGUAUGUCAAAGUCAAAAUAUACUUGAAGGUUGAAAUGUGAGAACUACAACAUGACCAGUCAGGCAGAGGAGGAGGAUGAUGAGGAGGAGGAGGAGGACGUGGUGAGGAGAUCAAGGAACCGCACUAAAAAAGCAAUUCCAGAGGGUUUCGUAAGAAAUGUAUUAACAGAUUCAGAUGAGGAAGGGCAGAGUGUCAGGGGUGUCGAGCUGCCCAACUACCCUGCUCCACCGAAAAAGCUGCAGCCCAUUCAGGGCACAGCUAUCCUAGACAAUGCUUCCUCUGGAGAUGAAGACAUGUCCGUACAAGCGACGCGUGCGGACAGCUCUCAGGGCAGGCACUCAGACACUCCUUCCUUGUCUGGUCUGGAGUGUGCCAGUGGAACUGGGGGAAGGGAAACGUCAACACCGGGCUCUCACCUGUCGACAUCCAGAUCUCGACAUGCAGCCAGAGGUCAUGUCAUUGAUGGCUAUCGCUCUAGGUCCAGGUCCAAGUCCCAGCGCAGACAUGCCUCCAGACAUCGCCACAGAUCCGGCAGCAACAGAGACGCCUCUAAACAUCGCCACAGAUCCGGCAGCAACAGUGAUGUCUCAAGACAUCGCCACAGAUCCGGCAGCAACAGAGAUGCCUCUAAACAUCGCCACAGAUCCGGCAGCAACAGAGACGCCUCUAAACAUCGCCACAGAUCCGGCAGCAACAGAGAUGUCUUCAGCACCCCCGCCAGGUCCAGAUGUGAUCACACCAGCCCCCCCUAUCACACACCAAGGCCUAAUGCAGUGACUGAGAGUAGAAGGUGGACCUUCCCAUUGCCUUGGGAUGUGUACCAGAAGAAGGUCUUAGGGUUACUGGUUGACCUCCGCAAUGAGUAUAAGACAGCACAGCCUGCCUCUUCAGCCGUCCACAUUGAGAGGAUGGAGACAAUGGAGGAUUUCGAGAAAGAGGAGCAACAUCUAUGUGACAAAGAAGCCUUUGAUACCCUGGUAAAGAAAAUAGCAAAAAUUGGCGGGAAGAACACCAAGGACUGUAUCCACAAAGUUCUUGACAAACUGUUCACCAAUGCCCUGAUGGCAAAUUUUAACAUGAAGGGCAAGGGGAAAAAGGGAAAAAAGCCCUUGGAAACGACAAAGAUUUACAGAGCAAUACAAGAUGGAGUCAUGCAAUUUGAUAAUAUGGCCACUGAGGAACUUAUAAGGACACAUGCUUCAGAGCAUUUAAAGCAUGCACCGCAAAGGAGUGGAGGGGGGGGCUUCACAGUCACUCAGGGCUGAUUUUGUUUGAAGAAACUAUGUUCAGCUAUGUUAUUUUUACGAAUAGUGUUGUUUUACAUGUGUAUAUGACACCUACACUGUAGCUGCUGUCCUCAGUGUGUUUUUCUUUUUUUUAUUGUUAAUGAUAGGAUAGACAAAGGGAAUGUGUGUUUGAAAAUUAACAUAUGUGUGUUUAAAAAAAAGGGGGGGGGGGGCAGAUUUUUUUAUUUUCAUUAGGUGAAUCUGGUCAGCCCUUUAAUUUUUCUGUGUUCAGUUUGAUUUUUACAAUUUUUUUUUUUUUUUUUUUAUUGUUUUAUAUUUUAAUUGUUCUUAUAUUUGUACAUAAUCACUCAGGACUAACCCUAUUUUUGUAGUACAGACCCAAGAGGUGUAAUUUUAUUCACUGUAUUUCACCACUUUGGUGUUGUUGUUUUUUUCAAACUUAAAUGAGGGUUAUGCUGCCUGCUGUUUAGAAGUUGUAGCCUAAUAACUAGUAUUUCUCAACUGAAAUCAACAUGACAUGUUUGCAAUAAAGAUGGGGAAAAAACA